CAAAAAUUACCAAAAAUAUGCUGAAAGUUAAUGAAGUGAGGAAGAGCCUCAACUGAGGAAGUACUAAUAAUAUCAAAGGGGAGAAAAGACCUAGCUAUGAUCACAGAGUCUUUAAUAUGUCCAAUUCAGUUGAAGAAUUUUCGAUUCAAAACAAUUACAAGCCUGAAUCUCAGUACCUCUCAAGAAAUAAUUACAAAACCAACACUCACUUCAAGCCCCACAACAGAUCAUAUCAGGCUCUUGACCCAUACUUGAACGAAAGAAUCAGGCAUGAAUCCAACAAAAUUAUUAUCGAAAACAAUGGACAUUCUGGUGAAAAUGGCAACUUUACUUGACUAAGUGGAACUCAAGUAUCAAACAAAAAUAAAACAAAACUAGCCAAAUGUGAAACAUCAUACAAUAUCAAUGAUUCAAGCCUUCAAUACGUUCUGAAGAAAUCGAAGCAACAAGGUUCCAGAGCUCAAAACCGGAAAAAAAGGACCAACCAGCUGCUGAACUACUUCUUCAAAUAAAUCAAUGAAGCACAAUAAGCAACUCUGAGAAACAUUCAGCGACAUCGACAGCAUUUUCCCAAUGAAAAUGACUAGUUUCAGCAGAGAAAAGAUGUUGUCUCGAAACACAAAGAUGAAGCAUUGCACUCCUAAGAGAAGCAAAGACGCCAAGAUAUUCAAGAAGGCUUCUCUUAACAAAUCAAGAGCCACAGUAUCGAGAAAAUCCAGAGUUCAGUAUAAACACUUCAAAAACGCAGAUUUACCAAGAGUGGAUGCCAGGAGAAUGACGUUUUACAAAGAUGGCGAUACUUCAAAUAUCAAUGGAGAUAGCAAUCACCCUGAGAUAAAAAUUACAAAGCCAGAUGUUCAUCCUUAUGAUUCAAAGCAGAAGACCUUUAAAUAGAGUGCUUAACAAGAGUUACAGCAAUUGUCAUAUUUCAAGAAAGGAUAAAUUAACCAAGAAUUUGAAAUUAUCUGGGAGCUCUGUUGAACUUAAAAGCACUCAAAAAUCUAAUAUGAAGCAAAAGAUUCCAAGAUCUCCUUACGGAAACUUCCUUGAAAUUAAAAAUAAUACAAGAUGCAACCUCUCAGAACAAAAGAGUCAGAAGAGCAAUGCUAGAACAGAUAAAUCUGAUUCCAGAGAUGGAUACCUCUCUUCUCGAAGAAGUAAUGACACUGAAGACUUCUGGGCAGCUACUCCAAACUGUCUAUCCGUCACAAGACUUGAAUCAUCAGUCAAAACCAAAGACGCCACUAUCCACCAAUUCGAGACCAAACUUCCUAGCGAAGAUCUCUCAAGUCUCCACAGUAAAAGCACUGUAUCACACGAAGAGAACCUCCUCAACCACUCCGAAGUCUACCCCCCAAUACUCCCCAUCCGUAUCCACCUAACCUACAAGAACAAGUCCAAACCUCCAGUACUCCCCAAAAGCCCUCCUCACAACCCCACCUCCACUUAUAACCUGCCCGUGCCAAGACAUAGAGCUUCUAGGCGGAAAUCCAAUAAUAAAAUUUGUAUAUCAAAAGAACUGUUUUAA